UGUAAUGGUGAUAGUGAACAAAGUACACAGUAUAUAACAAAGUUUUAUACACACAGAAAAAUUCCAAAAUGAACAUAUAAAACAAUUAUUAAUAUUUUUAUUUUUACGCAAAUGUUUACGAUUAACUUACAAUAAAAUGGACAAUAUAUCAAAUCGAUGCCAUUCAAAAUUUUACGUAAAACAUUCAAUUUAAACAACCACAACAUAACCUAAAUUAUUAAUUCUAACCUAAAAAUGGAGUAUUUAGGUGAAAUUUUAGCUCUUGGUAUUGAUAGUAUUAUUUUAGGAAUCUGUUUAAAACAAUAUUUCCAUUGUCAGUAUGCAAUAAAAGCUGUUAAGAGCACAGAACUUCAUGAAGUUGGUACUAACUUAAAUGACAUUGUUCGAGCUAGUCCUAAUGGUAUAAUAAACUAUGUAGCUAUCAAAGGAACUGUUAAAUCUCUUGGUAAACCACUUUGUGGUGUAAAUAAUUCUUCAAUUACUGGUGUCAUUCAACGUUUGACUGUCAGAGAACAUGUGGUAGCCAGAACAACUGCUGGAUUUUGGUCAGAUCAAGAGAGGACGAUACAUGAAGUUUACAAUACAGUGCCUUUUGCCUUGCAAAAUGGACCUCACAAGGUGGAAGUAAUUGAUGCAUUGUCUGCAGAAAUACUUGACAUGGAUAUUAUAUCCGAUGAGUUCAAGCCUAGUGCUCCGUCUAUUGCUGAUCAUAUAUGGGGCUUUUUCACAGGCAUUCGACAGAGAGGUUUACAAUCUACUGAGGAAAUGCUACGAGAAGGUGUAAAAUUAACAGGAAUUGGACAAUUAUCACAAUCUACUGAUAAAUCAAAUUAUCUUACCCUUCAAUCACCAAUGAAUGGAGCUCCAUUUUAUCUUACUACAAUGUCUGUUAGUACAUUGUUAAGAAAAUUAGAUGAAAAACAAAGGAUGUAUAAAUGGUUAUGCAUAGUAUUCGGUAUCAUUGGUUUAGCUAUAGGCGGACUUGUUACUCGACGUUAUUGGAAAGACCGAGAAGAAGAAAAAUUAAUGCAAGAAAUUAGACAAAGCCAAGAAGGAUCGAGGAGAGAACGAAGACAAAGAGUGAGAGAUAAUGAACUUCGGGAUGAUCAAUUAUGUGUAGUGUGCAAAGUAAACCCACGAGAAAUUAUUCUUCUUCCAUGUGGACAUGUCUGUCUUUGUGAAGACUGCGCUGACAAUAUUGGACAAUAUUGCCCAGGUUGUCGUGGUAUUAUCGAACAAAAAGCUCCUGCUUAUAUAAUUUAAUAAAUUUAAAAAACUUUUCUGGGAGAUAUUCCGAAGUAACUAGUUGCAAUGCUUUUUGCGAUUUACCAAUUCCUAACUUGGGUAAACCACGAUUAAGACCUUCAAGCAAAACACAAGCUUUACAAACUUCUUGACUUGAAACAAAACCAC